CCGCCGUCAGGCUUGGUUGUCAGCUGCGCGCUGUCACAUGACCCGCGCCGUCAGUGCUGCCCCGGCGUGCGGGUCCUGCCAGCUUCCUCCUGCCGCCGAGGGAUUUUAAAAAGUGAUCAAAAUGGAUAUCAGAGGUGCUGUGGAUGCUGCUGUCCCAACAAACGUUAUUGCUGCCAAAGCAGCUGAAGUUCGGGCAAACAAAGUAAACUGGCAGUUAUAUCUCCAAGGACAGAUGAUUUCAGGUGAAGACUGUGAAUUUAUUCAGAGAUUUGAACAGAAGAGAAGCCCAGAAGAAAAACAAGAACUACUGCAAACUGAAGGGAACCAGUGUGCUAAAACAUUCAUAAAUUUGAUGACUCAUAUUUCCAAGGAACAGACAGUUCAGUAUAUUCUGACUAUGGUUGAUGAUGUGCUGCAAGAAAAUCAUCAGCGCGUUAGUAUUUUCUUUGACUACGCAAAACGUGGUAAGAACACUGCAUGGUCUUAUUUCCUGCCAAUGUUGAACCGCCAAGAUCUUUUCACUGUGCAUAUGGCAGCAAGAAUUAUUGCAAAACUGGCUGCCUGGGGAAGAGAACUGAUGGAAGGCAGUGAUUUGAAUUACUACUUCAACUGGAUUAAAAGUCAAUUUAGUUCACAGAAACUACGUGGUACUGGCGGUGCCAUGGAAACAGGAGCAGUCUCCACAAGUGAUAGUUCCCAGUACGUACAGUGUGUUGCUGGAUGCUUGCAGCUGAUGCUCAGGGUCAAUGAAUAUCGCUUUGCAUGGGUAGAAGCAGAUGGUGUAAACUGUAUCAUGGGAGUCCUGAGUAAUAAAUGUGGCUUUCAACUUCAGUAUCAGAUGAUUUUCUGUGUGUGGCUGCUGGCAUUCAGUCCUCAAAUGUGUGAAUAUCUGCGUCGAUACAAUAUUGUUCCAGUCCUGUCUGAUAUUCUUCAGGAAUCUGUCAAAGAGAAAGUAACUAGAAUCAUCCUUGCAGCAUUUCGUAAUCUUUUGGAAAAAUCUACUGAAAGAGAGACUCGCCAGGAAUAUGCUCUUGCUAUGAUCCAGUGCAAAGUUCUGAAGCAACUAGAGAACUUAGAUCAGCAAAAAUAUGAUGACGAAGACAUCAGUGAGGAUAUCAAGUUUCUGCUGGACAAACUUGGCGAGAGUGUUCAGGAUCUUAGCUCAUUUGAUGAAUACAGUUCUGAGCUGAAAUCAGGAAGACUGGAAUGGAGCCCUGUACACAAAUCUGAGAAAUUUUGGCGAGAGAAUGCUGUGAGAUUAAAUGAAAAGAAUUAUGAACUUCUGAAAAUCCUGACAAAACUUUUGGAGGUUUCUGAUGAUCCACAAGUCUUAGCUGUAGCUGCUCAUGAUGUGGGAGAGUAUGUACGACACUAUCCUCGAGGGAAACGAGUGAUAGAGCAACUUGGUGGUAAACAGCUAGUAAUGAACCACAUGCAUCAUGAAGACCAACAGGUUCGCUAUAAUGCACUAUUGGCUGUGCAGAAGUUGAUGGUUCACAACUGGGAGUAUCUCGGGAAGCAGUUACAGUCAGAACAACCUCCAACAGUUACUGCACGAAGCUAAGCACUUUGGCCUGUACACUGCAGUUCCUUCUUCAUGGGUCCACCUGGAAUGUGUGUCAUUAAAUUGAUGCCAAGAAAACGUUUUCGGUCACAAUGUUUGUUUCUUGCUAAUGUGUACACUUUCCAGUUUCCCCUCCAAUGCUGUAACCUAGAUAAUUAAUUAGUUGUUAAAUUAUUCCUGAAAAAUCUACCAGUUGGCAUCCUGCUAUAUUAUGAAUGUAUGUGAAGAAAUACAGCAAAUAUGUCUUGCCUUUAUGUAUUUAUUGUUCUCAACACAAGAAGCUUAUUAAAGGAUAUUCAUUCCAGAACAAA